CAAUCAAAUUUGUGAUCUAAGUGAUGAGCUAUCCCAGCAUACAGUUCUCUAGGUGAUGAGUUGGUAACUUGGAGACAGCCAUUUUUGUUGUAAAACUUUCUCAGAAAACUGCAAAAAGUUGUCAAAACUUCUUUCUUCAUCUGAAAUGAUUGGAAGUAAUUAGAAUAGGAUUAAAAAAAGAUCAGCAAACAACUGAUGCAAUAAUAAAGACGGAAUCAUGGUUCCUGGAAGCAGACUUGAUGAGAGUGAUGCUUCCAUGCGAGAGAGGCUAGUGACGAGUUUGAGUCAAAGUUUUCCUGGUAGUGCCUUGUCCAAGGCCCUGCAGUGCAUGCAGCCAGAAUCAGACAGCGAAGAUGAUGACAUGAAAGGGGACUUCCUAAGCAGUAGCUGUUUUGCCGAGCUUCGUUUGGAAAAAGGACCCAUAGACAGUGAUGAUGACCUUAAACCCUUAUCUUGGCUACAGGACAGCAACUUGCUGAAGAACAUCGCCUGUGCUGAUGAAGACAGUGAUGAUGACCAAAAAGAAAAUGGUGACUUGCUGAGUGGGAACCACAUAAACCAGUCUCACCCUCCUCACGUCCCAUACAAUCCCCAGAAACACAUCAACAGCAAGCCUCCUUACUCUUUCUCCUGCCUCAUCUUUAUGGCCAUCGAAGACUCACCGCAGAAAAAACUGCCAGUAAAAGACAUCUACUCUUGGAUCCUGAACCAUUUUCCAUACUUCCAGCAUGCCCCCACAGGUUGGAAGAAUUCAGUGCGACAUAAUUUGUCCCUCAACAAGUGCUUCAAGAAGGUGGACAAGGAUAGAGGCCAGUCCAUUGGUAAAGGAUCCCUAUGGUGCAUUGACCCGGACUAUCGACCCAACCUGCUCCAGGCCCUCAGAAAGACUCCCUACCACCCAUACCACCAGCUACAGAUGCUGGCCAACCCACAACCCCAGCCUCAGUACACCUACAUGUACAAUGGCAAGCAGAUAACAGGAAUCACCGGACCUCUACCCCUCUCUCCUAGACUCGGGCCAAACACAGUGUCACCACAUUUAUUUCCUUUCCUAAGUAAAAGAUUAGCCCAGUCCAAUAACAAUGAUAUAGAUUCUGACAUCAAAGAUGUAGCUCAAACACUGGUGUCCCUGAAAGGACUUGGCACAAAGGAUAAUGAUAAUUCAGUGCUUCAGAGAAUACGCAUGAAAAGGAAACAGAGACAACUAGGACAUGGAAUGUUAAAGCGUCGCCAUUUAGAGGAUGUAGUAUUCACCAUCAGUCCGAGUGAGGAUCACACGUAUAGUGCCACCUGUCACAAAGAUCCAGGAUCUCCUAACUCCUCCGUGGAUGAGGGAUUUGAAUACGGAGAUGAGGAUGAAUACGACAUGGAAGAAGAAUUCUCAGAUGAUGACAUGAGUUACGAUGAGUGGGACAGUGAAAUGGACGAGGUAGACGGUGAUGUCCGACAGAAUCACAGCCACAACAAACAGCGUAGAAUGACUGUAAAACUGCCGGGCAAGAAAACUGUUUCCAAGGAGGAUGAGGAAGAGCAGAAGAAAAUUGAAGAGGGAGCAGAUGCCCUGUUAAAUUUGGCGGGAAUUCGCACCACCCGCUCCUCCAGCAGUGUUAAUGACUCAGGUGCCUCCUCUGGAGGAUCCACCCCGAGGAAAAGACGGUCUCCCCCUGCCAAACGUGGACACAUUAAGUGAUGCCAAGACAGCUAGUAGACUUCUUGCCAUUUUGAGAUUUGCAUUGAGGACCAGGGACACUUUUUGUUACACAAUUCCAGAAGUCUUCCAUAUGUGUGACUGUACUUUGUAUUUUUUCAGUAACCAUAUCGCCCACUUGUUAGGUUAUUCAUUUGUUCAUUGUCUUUGUUGAGAGUGGUGCUUUUAUUACAAUCCUGUAUUUACUUAGUAUUUCACACAUUAAUUGUCUGCAUUUUUUCAUUGCAUAUAGAAACAAACUUGUCAUUUUUUUCAAAAUUUGCUUUGUUAGAUUUAUUUUACAAGAAAUGUUCAAACUGUUAUUGUAAAACAGUGGAAAAAACAAACAUUUGAAAUUUCAGCAGUUCAGGUUUAAUAUGAAUUUUAUUUUCUGUAUUCAAACGUGCCAUUGAUUUGUGUAAUAUUCAUGUUAACCAAAGAUUCCAGCUGCUCAUCAAGUUUUUACAGGAAGGUGCAAUCAAAUUUCCACAUGGUGUUCUAUACAAUUAAUUAGUUUUUAUUAAAACAUCUCAUCAUCUUAUCAUUACUGAAGUUAAUAAUAUUUUACUCAAACAGACUCUCAAGAAAAAUUAAGAAAACACAAGUUCAUGACAAUUUCAGGUCAUGAUUGUUGUUUUCCUACAAAACAUGACAAAUGAAGGGUUCCUUAGAAAUAGGGCUCAAUACCUAUAUUGAUAUUAGCCUUGCAACUCUUAUAUAACAUGUUACUUUAUUAUUGUGAAGACAUACCUGGCAAUCAAAGUAGAAGAAAAAGUGAAUGUAGGGGCAGGGAACUGUCAACUGGUACCCCAGAACAUUUCUCGUGGUCUGGCUAUAGGCGUGUACAGUUGUUAACUUGUUAUACAUGUAUAUAUUUUGUUCAGUAAUACUCCCUUGUUAGUGCUUACAAUUGUUAGAGGUCAGACAUUUGUUAAUGUUUCACUUUAUUGUUUAGGCCUUUCUAUAACUUCUUUUUUAAUGGGAAUUUUAUCUGUAUGUGUAUGUUAAGUUGUGAUAAGGUAUCAAUGAUUAGGGCACUUGAAAAAAGAAAAUUAAUUCAGAUAAUGCAGGUAUUUACUGUGAAACUUAGGAAAUCUGUACUUUUUUAUAUAGUACAUACAUUUUUUUUGAAAAAGAUUUUCCACUUAAAUGACACAAUACAUUUUUUCCUAAAUGAAAUGUAAAAAAUUAACUAAGUUGAGAAUCUCAUUUUCAACAAUUCACAUGCUUUAUUGCACAGAGAAUUCAUGACAACCUCAUUGACUGAAAAAUGUAACAAUAAGUGAUUUGUUUUAAGGUGUAUGAAAAUGGGUUUUGGGAAAGAGGCAUACAGAGGGGAGGGCAGUUUAAUAGAGAUCUAUUUCUAUUUACAACAUUAUAUGUCUAUUUAGAAUACACUGUUACCGAUCAUGGUUUAAUCAUUUUGUGAUAAGUUUUGUUGUAUUUUUCACUAUUUUGGCACUUAGUAUGUUAACAUACCUGAUAAGGUUGAUCAUUUUAAUUGUUGUUAUUAGCAUUUUCACACAUCUUCUUAUACACAUUCAUAAAUUAUCAUGCAUUAACAACUGUUGAGAGGAUUUUUUUUUGUAUUCCAUUAUGCUCAAAUCUUCCACUGUUUAUGUAUAAACACAGGCAGAUGUAUGCCUGGAAUGUUCACAAGGUUUACUAGUCAACAGUUUUAUUUUUGUUUUAUUUUUAAUUCAAAAAAACAUUUUAGAGAAACAGUAAAUUGUUCAUUUUAAUGUGAUUUGGAUUUUUACACCUAAAAAAUGAAAACAAAAAAUUCAUGACACAAAAAGGACAAAAAAAUUGUUAUAAACUUCUCUCAACAAUAUGUAUACCAGAAAGUUUCAGUAGUGCAGUAUAACUGUUUGUUUUGUUACUAUAAUAGAUAGGUAGAGUGGUGAGGUCUCAAGGGAGACAACUGCUGUCGUGGCCAUUGAUUUCCUUGUGUUCAUUAGUCAGGUGCUGGAGUAUAAAGACAAUAUUAUAGUCAAGCCAAAGUUUUCACUGUAGCUAACAACAGAACACUGCUGUCUAUGCAAACCAGCACUUGCGAACAAUAGUGCAAUAGUCAUCAUUAUGUUUACUCAGAGAAUUGUGUAGCGAUACAUGUUUUAUAACCCAACAUAGCUCAUUUGUUCAGUUGUGCUGCAUAAAACAGAAUUUAUUGCGAGAAAAACUUACGUAAGAAUUAUUUGUUAAAAUUAAUCUUAAAUUUAAAAAAAAAAUCAUGUUUAUAACUUUACUCAGAUGUGAUUAGUUUUUUUUCCCUUUAGAUUUAAAUCCUUGCACAAAUAUCUGGAAAUGCAGCAAUUAACUGUAUGAGCUACAGUAAGCAAUGUUAAGAGUAUAUUUCAAAAAUAAUUUUAUGUGUUCAAAAAAUUUCAGAAUUGCAUUUUUUUUGUGAAAUGCUUUUUUGUUUAUAUGAUGUAAUAUUUUACUCAAUAAUCAAAUGUAAAAGGUAUGGGCAAGAUCACCGUUAUAUCCCCCCCGUGCAAUGAUAAACUUAGCAGAAGCCUGCUAAGUGUUCAUAGACUUGGUCAUUGUAGGUGCAAUGAAAAUCAGGUUCUAUUUGCUGGACAAUGCAGUUUUGUUUAUUAUUGUACAAUGUACAGUUUCUUAAUAAAGAGAAAAAUCUUAAAA